CGAGCAUUACGCUUGAGUCACUUAUGUCAUGGAGGGAAUGAUAUCUUGCAUAAUGUCGGUUUGAUGAUUGUCCAAUGUGCCAGUGAGGCAUGAUAAAAAGAACCCCGCCGCUGGAACUUAUCCUCACACCAUUAUUCUCCAAUAAGAUGGCACUGGGAGCACUCGACAAAAGCUUAGGUGGUCUUAUGGCGGGAACAUGGGUCAACUCGUACUUCUUCAUGAUUGAACUCAUAAUGUGCUACAAGUACUUUGUCCGAUAUCGAAGUGACCCAACCUGGUUGAAGAUGAUCGUGGGUAUGACCCUCCUUAUAGACACGGUGUCCACGAUAGAUCAUUACGUGAUGAUCUACAUGUACGCGAUCACGCAUUGGGGUGAUCAAGAAUUUCUCAAACGUCAAUACUGGCCGUUACCUGCUUAUCUUGUCACUACCGGCGCAUCAGCCUGGAUAGUUCAACAGUUCUUGAUCUUCCGCUUUUGGCUUCUAUCAAAAAACAAGAUCAUCACACCGUUUUUGAUGCUGACCAGCCUAGCGGCUUUCGCAGGGGCUAUUGUCACUGCAGUGGUCAUCAUCAAGCAUCCAACGUAUGCCGAGAGAGCUGAAGCAAAUAUCUCCGUUACAGUAUGGCUGAUCGCAAGUGCCGGAUCCGAUAUUCUGAUCGCGGCUAUUCUUAUCUAUACCCUUCAACGCAUGAAGACUUCCUUUCGGAAAACACAAACUCUUAUCAAGCGACUCACCAUCCUGGCGAUCCAAACAGGCUCCCCGGGAUCUGUUGUCGCGACCAUUGGGCUGAUCGUUUAUCUCAACGAUAAUGAGAACAACAUCUCUGUCGGGAUAGCAUUUUCCCUUGGACGUAUCUACGCAUUGACAAUGCUCCAUAACCUCAACUCCCGUGGACAAAUAUUUGCGAGUACUGCGAACAUUACCGGUGCUUCGACUACGAUGCAUCUCAGUCUUGGGGACACUUUCCUUCUGCAAUCGGGACACAACUUGAAUGUGAAUGAUAUGAAUGGAACUCCGCAGGUACAUGUCGAAGAUGUCAAAUCACGGCACAAGGAGGAGCUGUCGAGCAUGGAAAGUGGAUACAGGGAAGCUGAGUCACGUGAUGUUAGAUGAACUCAAGCGCGAAACGAUAUUGUACUAUUAUUCACUGUAUAACAUCCUUACAUUGGACACAGUCUUCCAACAUGGCAUUAAAACUCCCAUAUAGAAAGUACAUUUCUGGAUUAAACAUAAUAUUACGA